CGGGGGGCUCCGGGCCGCCCGUGGAUGAGCACCAUGCGGCUGCUGCUGCUCGCCCUGCUCUUCUCGUCCUCCUUCGCGCGGGCCGGCUGCGACCCCAAGAUCGUCAACAUCGGCGCGGUGCUGAGCACCAAGAAGCACGAGCAGAUCUUCCGCGAGGCGGUGAACCAGGCCAACAAGCGGCACGGCACCUGGAAGCUCCAGCUCAACGCCACCUCGGUCACGCACAAGCCCAACGCCAUCCAGAUGGCUCUCUCCGUCUGCGAGGACCUCAUCUCCAGCCAGGUCUAUGCAAUAUUAGUUAGUCACCCUCCUGCUCCAAACGAUCACCUAACACCAACACCCGUAUCAUACACAGCUGGCUUCUACAGGAUCCCUGUCAUUGGUCUGACAACACGCAUGUCUAUAUAUUCUGAUAAGAGCAUCCACCUGUCCUUUUUGCGCACAGUCCCACCAUACUCUCACCAGGCCAACGUCUGGUUUGAGAUGAUGAGAGUCUUCAACUGGAAUCACGUCAUUCUGAUAGUCAGUGACGACCACGAAGGUCGUGCUGCACAGAAGAAGCUGGAGACCCUCUUGGAGGAGAGAGAGUCCAAGAGUAAAAAAAGGAACUAUGAAAACCUCGACCAACUUUCCUAUGACAACAAGCGAGGACCCAAGGCUGAGAAAGUUCUUCAGUUUGAUCCUGGAACCAAAAAUGUGACGUCCCUGCUGCUUGAAGCUAAGGAGCUGGAGGCUCGAGUCAUCAUCCUUUCUGCCAGUGAGGAUGAUGCGGCCACGGUGUACAGAUCAGCAGCCAUGCUCAAUAUGACGGGCUCCGGCUACGUGUGGCUGGUGGGGGAACGGGAGAUAUCAGGCAAUGCACUGCGUUACGCCCCUGAUGGCGUGAUCGGGUUGCAGCUCAUCAACGGGAAGAACGAGUCAGCCCACAUCAGUGAUGCUGUUGCUGUGGUGGCCCAGGCCGUGCACGACUUGUUUGAGAAGGAGAAUAUCACAGACCCACCGCGUGGUUGUGUGGGCAACACCAACAUCUGGAAGACGGGCCCCCUUUUCAAGAGGGUGUUGAUGUCCUCCAAGUAUUCGGAGGGUGUCACCGGACGGGUGGAAUUCAAUGAAGAUGGGGACAGGAAGUUUGCCAAUUACAGCAUCAUGAACCUGCAGAACCGGAAACUGGUCCAAGUUGGGAUUUACAAUGGCAGCCAUGUCUUGACCAAUGACCGGAAGAUCAUCUGGCCUGGGGGGGAAACUGAGAAACCUCAAGGCUAUCAGAUGUCGACCAAAUUGAAGAUCGUGACGAUCCAUCAAGAGCCCUUUGUGUACGUGAAGCCCACACAAGCAGAUGGCACAUGCAGAGAGGAAUUCACCAUCAAUGGAGACCCUGUGAAAAAGGUCUUUUGUACUGGGCCCAACGAGACCAUCCCAGGCCGCCCCACUGUGGCACUGUGCUGCUACGGCUUCUGCAUCGACCUACUCAUCCGGCUGGCAGGGGUCAUGAAUUUCACCUAUGAGGUUCACCUGGUGGCUGAUGGUAAAUUUGGUACCCAAGAGCGGGUUAACAACAGCAACAAGAAGGAGUGGAACGGGAUGAUGGGGGAGCUACUGAGCGGCCAGGCAGAUAUGAUUGUGGCUCCUCUCACCAUCAACAACGAGCGGGCACAGUACAUUGAGUUCUCCAAGCCCUUCAAGUACCAGGGCCUCACUAUCCUUGUGAAGAAGGAAAUCCCCCGCAGCACCCUGGACUCGUUCAUGCAGCCAUUCCAGAGCACUCUUUGGCUGCUCGUGGGGCUCUCUGUGCAUGUGGUGGCCGUGAUGUUAUACCUCUUGGAUCGCUUCAGCCCAUUUGGCCGGUUCAAAGUGAACAGCGAGGAAGAGGAGGAAGAUGCCCUGACUCUCUCAUCUGCCAUGUGGUUCUCCUGGGGAGUUCUGCUGAACUCCGGCAUUGGAGAAGGUGCUCCCCGGAGUUUCUCUGCCCGUAUUCUUGGCAUGGUGUGGGCUGGCUUCGCUAUGAUCAUUGUGGCUUCAUAUACUGCCAACCUGGCUGCCUUCCUGGUGUUAGACCGACCUGAGGAGAGAAUUACGGGCAUUAAUGACCCCAGGCUGCGCAACCCCUCUGAUAAGUUCAUCUAUGCCACGGUGAAGCAGAGCUCGGUGGACAUCUACUUCCGACGGCAGGUGGAGCUGAGCACCAUGUAUCGGCACAUGGAGAAGCACAACUAUGAGAGUGCUGCUGAAGCCAUCCAGGCCGUGAGGGACAACAAGCUCCAUGCCUUCAUCUGGGACUCAGCAGUGCUCGAAUUUGAAGCUUCCCAGAAGUGUGACCUGGUGACAACGGGGGAGCUUUUCUUCCGCUCCGGCUUUGGGAUCGGGAUGCGCAAAGACAGUCCAUGGAAGCAGAACGUCUCCCUGGCCAUCCUCAAGUCCCACGAGAACGGCUUCAUGGAGGAUUUGGACAAGACUUGGGUGAGGUAUCAGGAGUGUGAUUCCCGUAGCAAUGCCCCAGCAACACUCACCUUUGAAAAUAUGGCAGGUGUGUUUAUGCUGGUGGCUGGAGGUAUUGUUGCCGGGAUAUUUUUAAUAUUCAUAGAAAUAGCUUACAAAAGGCAUAAGGACGCGCGGAGGAAGCAGAUGCAGCUGGCGUUUGCAGCCGUUAAUGUGUGGAGGAAAAACCUGCAGAGAGAACUGAGAAGGAGGAGCAAAUGUAUCCCCGAGCAUGCUCUACGCACCAGCGGGAUACAUUUUGGUUACCCCCGUGCGGUAGCAGAGCCAGACCUGGUCACUCCGUCCCCCGUCGGAAAGGUCACACUCAUUGGCACGAAAGCAAUUGGGGAGGAAUCGUUCUCAGCGCCCGCCGCAGAGUGCGGCCGGUCCCCUCGGCUCGCUGCCCCUGCACCAUGGCGGCUGGUGCUCCCAGCCUGCGCUAACCAGGAUAGAAAAAGUGGUAGAGCAGAACCUGACCCUAAAAAGAAAGCCACUUUUAGGUCCAUCACCUCCACCCUGGCCUCCAGCUUCAAGAGACGUAGGUCCUCCAAGGAUACGCAAUAUCAUCCCACCGACAUCACUGGCCAGCUCAACCUCUCCGACCCCUCAGUCAGCACUGUGGUGUGACGUUCUUCCUGGGGGCCAUCAGUCCUAGCCCAACACAGUAGGAAGGCACAGCCAGGACUGCCUUUCCAAGGGACACUGAUGGGUUCUUCUGGGUGAUAUGGGAGGAAAGCAUCCUUCAUCUGUACACAGUGACUUCAUUGUAUAUCUCCCUCCCUUCCUAGACCUGCUGACAUAUUCAUGCCCCAGAAUGCACCACAGAACCAGGACACAGUUUGGAUUUCACUGUAUAGAGAUAAUUGCUUCCAACCUGUGCUGUUGUUAAUCAGUAUUGCCAUUGACUGGCUACAUGCAAGAACGGACUUUGAAAGGCACAUAGUGCCUGCUCUCACAUGUUAGCACAGAAGAGAUGGUGCUAGACUGCUAACAAGUGUUUCACUUUGCAGGCUUUGUGCUUCUCAGCACAGGCACAGACCGCUGGACCUGCACUCCACAUUUCGCACCACCCUUGGGGACCCCCAUGUGAUGUGUUCAUGGCCCCGAGCGGCUGGAGCAGUCCACAUGGUGUGAUAGGCCAGGCAUAUGUUCCUGUUGUGCCGAGUGAUCCACUGUGUCUGCAACAGGGACUGGAAGAUGUGUGUUCUGUUCAUUGCCAGCAGAAAAACUCCUGUUCCUCCCUUCUAUCAGCCUGUGCACAAAGCCCAUGGCUAUGAUUCGUCUCCUGUGUGGGGUCUGUUUGACCCAGGAGUGUUUCCAGUCCUGCAGCCCUCAUUGGCUCCCCCCAUGGCCAUGCGCCUGUGCUAAAAAAUGGUACUUUGGAGCUCCUAAUGUGUUGUCAGCCAAGGUCCUGGCUCCCCACAUCUGCUGCUCACAGGACAUCCCCACAGCCUGGCCAUGCCCAGCACAUAGCUCGCACACCAUGGCUCUCCUGGCCAGGAACAUUUCCAUGGAGAAUGGCUCUGGAUGGUUGCAUUGACUUUAAGCAAAGCUCCAUAGCUGCCAGCACCAGCAAUGUAAGGAGAGAUACUGCUGCCUGGACUUCGCUGGGUGCUUGCUGAGUGCCAUGGCAUCCUCAUGGAGGUCACCCAACCUGUCUUUGGUGUUUGGACACCACAAUAGGUGCUUGUAGCACACUGGGCCUUCCCUGCCACACUCACCAGUGGUGCAAGCUUGAUGGCAACCUGUGUGGCAGCCCUGCUGCCCCAGCUCAGCUGGCUGCAUCUGCCUGAACCCAGAGGCAUGAUAAACCAGAUCCUGGCUCAGGAGAAGGGAACCAGAUGAGGCUGGCUGAAGCCAUUCUUCCUCACACCUUCCUUCCCCCAGGCAUAUGUGCUCUGGCACCCCCACCAGACAACAGCCCAUGUAUCAGCAUCCCUUAGCACCCUCCCAUGCAGGAGCUGUGAGUGGGUGCAGGGACACCAGCACCCUGGAAGCAUCUGGCACCGACCAGGCUGGUGAUGAGCAGCUGCAGCAUGUGCACAGGCCACACCGAAUCCUGCCUCCUGUGAGGGUGGAAAGCCCACCUGUAAUGCCGUACCAAGCCCCAGCAGCAAGAACUGCCUGCCUUCCCCUCACCUCAGCCAAGCAGAUGGGGCUUCUGCUAAGGAUCAGCAUUCUUUGCAGGCAGGAUUUUCAGACUGCAUCUGAGGUCUGUGAGCAUCGUCCCACUGACUGCUGUGGCUCCAUCAAAUUCAUUUUGCUCCAGCUGAGAAAUUGGGCCCAUUCUACUUUAUAUGUUGAUGUAACAUUAAUAUCAAAUUUUUGCAAGAGCUCAGUAAAGUCUAGACUGAA